AUGUACAACAUCAAAAUUCCGAUUUUAGGCGGAUGGUGUAGACAUCAGUUGCGUCAAUUCGGUGUUUGGCGACGUUUGUUUCCAGUGUGUGAGUUGUCAUCUGAGGUCUCCAAUGUCUUGCGAGAUGCAAGUCGCAUAGCCCGUGAAGCGGGCUCUGGUUCCGUAGAAAGUGAGUUUUUGGUGAAAUCAUUGCUUCAAAGUGGCUCUUUGAAUGGGAAAGGGUUUCGCGGCAUUCGUUUGCCCCUGGAUUAUCUUGGCCGGGAAUUAGAUGCAUUCAUACAAAAACAAUCUUAUGCUACUGGAGAAGAGCAGGUAGCGAGCAACAGCGCAUCUGCGUUACUGUAUGCCCAAUCUUUGGCACUGUCACGACGUAGACCUGUAGGCACCAAUGAGUUGUCCGAGGGGUUGUUAAAGUACGAUGGCUUCCUCAGGACAUUGCGAAAAAUCCCGGAUGAAACAGCACCUUCUACCGUGCACCCGAAUGUUAAUGACUGCUUACUGGAUCUCACAGCGAAGGCAAGGUCUCACAUAAACACACCGUUCGUUGGUCGCGAGCGAGAGCUUGCACGUCUGAAAGGGUCGCUGAAUCGCAUGCGAAAAAACAAUGUUUUACUGGUUGGCGACGCUGGUGUUGGCAAAACGGCCCUAGUUGAACGUUUUGCUAGUGAUAUGCUAACAGAAAACGAAAGUGUAACAGUUUUAAGCCUGGAUUUGUGCAGGCUAUACUCUGGUCAUGGAGCACGUGGUGAAUUGGAGGCCAAACUCAGGUCAAUAUUCGACACCAUCAGCAAUGGGAAUACUGUUCUAUUCAUCGACGAAAUUCACCAUCUAAUCCAGAACCAAGAAAGUGGUGUCAAUGUGACUAAUCUUUUCAAGCCGCUUAUGACCUCAGAUAGCGUAAAGAUUAUCGGAUCCACAACGACAAAGGAAUAUCACCAAUACUUUCGACGAGACCGUGCAUUUGAGCGUCGCUUUGAGGUAUUGCGAAUACGUGAAAAUAAUGCAGAGGAGAGUCUAGCGAUUUUGCAUGGUAUUAGGCCGGCUUUGGAGAAACAUCAUCAAGUGAAGAUCGAUAAUGAAGCCUUAUUGGCCUCUGUAGAAUUGUCAAUGCGGUUCAUACCGAAACGUCAUCUGCCGGACAAGGCCAUCGAUUUACUAGACGAGGCAUCAAUAUUGGCCAAACGUCGAUGUUCUAUAUCCAGUCAACUGGACAAAGUACUUCGUCGUAAGAAUCGCCUCAUAGCCACCCUCAUACGCAAUGAAAGACAUGAUGACGUAUUAACCGAAGAUAUUUUGCAACUUGAAAAGGAGGAAGCAAAACUACGGACACUUCGUGACGCCCAGCGUGAGCUCCAUGUAAGGCUGGGGGCGCUACAGCAGCAACAACAUGACCAUGAAAAAAAUGGAGAUUUGGUAGAGGCUUCAGAACUUAAAAACCGAGUUAUUCCAGAAGUGCUAAGAUCUAUAUCGCAGCUGAGAUCCGUACCAGGUAAUGUGCUGGAUGAUACCAGCAGCGAUGCAAGUAACUUGGUGGAACCUAAGGAAUCAAAACUUAAUUUGGACACAUCAAACCCCGUUCAUGUAACCAAGUUCCUAGUUGCAAACGUUGUGUCACAACACACCGGAAUACCGGAGGCUGUUCUCAUGCAAUCACGCAUUGGCGACUACAAAAGUGCUCUCGAAACGUUGAAAUCAAUCGUAUUAUCUCAAGAAGACGCCAUAAACAGGACAUUACUGCACGUAUAUAAGCAUACCUUCGGAUUUGUAUCCAGAAAAAGGAUAGGCGCUGCGUUGUGUUAUGUAGGACCACAUGGUGUUGGCAAACGCACGCUUUUGCGUAAUAUAUCAUUAAUGUUUGGUAUGCGUUUGAAACAUAUCGCUGGCAGCCACCUUGUAUCAUCAAAUGCAACCAACAUCCUAGUCGGUUCUCCUCCCGGUUAUGUAGGUCACCGAGAAGGAGGCAUGCUGUGCGAGUGGAUCAAGGAGCACCCUUACAGCGUCGUUGUUUUCGAGGGCGCACACCUGAUGCAUGCUAACGUGGUACAUCUUUUGGUGGGAGCUAUUGAUAAUGGUUUUUUGGUAGAUUGCCAAGGCGAAGAGUGCGAUAUUAGCCAAUGCUUUUUUGUUUUCACGUCUGGCGACGAGAAACUUCUGCAUCAAGACAUUAGGGACAACGUAGAUGAUAUAAUACCGUUCAACGCACUGAGUAACGAGACCGUUGAGGCAAUAAUUCGAGCUCACUUGGCCGAGGUACCAUUAAUCAAGUUACGUGCCACCGCAGCAGCCGUUGAACAUUUGCGCUUUAUGAUCGAUGAAAACAUGACCAUACCUCGUGUGAUAGACCGCAUAGUUGGGACAGCUAUCUGCCGUUUGGUUCUUAGCGGGGCGGUAUCGGAAGGAUCUGCCGGGGAGCUUCGUUUGCGAUGCGAGGUUGGCCGACCUACAGUACGUCCAUUGCACAUCACAGACGUACUUCUACUUGUGUUGGACAAUGAUAUAUGUACUAACAAUUAA